AUGUGUUCUCAUGAAGGGAAAGACUUGGAAGAUGCAACAAAGUAUCGGCAAUUGGUGGGUAGUUUGAUUUACUUAACUUUAACAAGACCCGAUAUCUCCUAUGCAAUAGGUGUGAUGAGUUGUUACAUGCAAAAUCCAAAGAAGUCUCAUUUGGAUGGAGUUCAUCGAAUCUUGAGAUAUGUAAAAAGUACAAUUGACUAUGGUAUGUUGUUUAAGAAAGGUGAAGAAUGCAAAUUGAUCGGAUACUGUGACUCUGACUAUGGAAGAGACCAUGAUACCCGUCGUUCAACUACUGGCUUUGUGUUUAAGCAUGGAACUGGAGCGAUUUCUUGGUGCAGCAAAAGGCAAGCAACAGUGUCGCUGUCAACAACAGAAGCAGAGUAUCGGGCAGCAACAGUUGCAGCUCAGGAAACAAUUUGCUUGUCUGAAAAUCUAGUUUUCCAUGCAAGGACUAAACAUGUGGAGAUACAUUACCACUUUAUUCGGGAAAAAGUGUUGCAAGGAGAGAUUGGCUUGGAGCACAUCAAAUCGGAACAUCAAAUUGCAGACUUGUUCACCAAAGGUUUUAGUGUCAACAACUUGAAGAGUUUCUGCAAGCAGCUAGGCAUGAUUAAGACGGAGAGUUGA